UAUUUUUAAUUGUUCAUGUCAGAAAAUGAKGAAAACAGUCRGGGWGAAGACAUUGAAGACCAAAGUAAUAUGUGGUUUGGUGUAUCACUAUCCACUGGACCUGGUGGUAAUGUUUUGGCAUGUGGCCAUAGGUAUAUCUAUAAAACCAAAAGAGUCAACUAUCAUAUGUAUCCUGGCAAAUGCUACACUGCAARAAAAAGCUUAUUACAGAGAUUUAUCAGACCAUAUUCAGAAUGUUUGGAUAGAAAUAAAGAUGAUGCAAAUUCAGGAUCUAUUGCAACUUAUGAGAGAUAUCAGUACUGUCAGAUGGGAGUUAGUUCAACUUAUAUCCCCAAUACAAAGCAAGCCAUGUUUGGUGGUCCUGGCACAACUAAUUAUCAAGGCAUGAUAUUUUAUGGUGCUGACAAGGAUGCCCAAUACAAAGAAGGAGAAAUAGGUUAUCAAGGAUAUUCAGUUGCUUAUGGCAGUUUCUUUASUAAAACUGAAAGUGAUCUUGUUACUGGAGCCCCAAGACACAAACAUCAUGGAAUGGUUGUAGUGUUCAGUCAGGAAGAUGACUACAAGACCCAYAAAGUAAUCCUUUCUCCCGAAGUGAAAGGUCUACGACAGCCUGGUUCAGGUUUUGGUAGCUCUGUUGCUGGAAUCGAUGUCAAYAAUGAUGGUUGGAGUGAUAUCUUAGUUGGAGCUCCCUUCUACUAUGUAAAAGGUUCAGUAAAUGAAGGAAGAGUGUUUGUUUAUAUGAACAAAGGAAAUGGAGAGUUUGAGAAAACAUUAGAACUGGCUCCUAGCGUAUCAAAGAACAUGGCUCGGUUUGGUCAUGUCAUAUCACGUGUAGGAGAUCUAGAUCAAGAUGGUUAUGAAGAUGUAGCUAUUGGGGCACCCUAUGAAGAUACCUCAGGAGUAGUAUAUGUGUUCAAUGGAUCUUCCAAAGGACUGAUARAAACCCCAGCUCAGAUAAUCAAACCAUCUGACUUGAAGGAAAACAUGACGUCAUUUGGCUAUUCUAUCUCUGGUGAUACUGAUUUGGAUGAAAAUGGCUAUCCAGAUCUUGUGAUUGGAGCAUUCGAAUCAGAUAAGAUUGCUUUGUUAAGGUCCAGGCCAAUUAUUGAGAUGGUCGCCAAUGCUACCAUUGACCCCAAGCCCCUUGAUAUUAGAAGUACAAACUGUGAUAUCAAGUACCAAGGAAAGAAUAUAAAAACAGCAUGUAUGUCUCUAAAGAUAUGCUUAGGUUACAAAGAACGAAAGAAUAAGCUAACACAAAAAUUGAGUGCAGACAUAAGAAUUGAAUCUGACGUUGAGUACAACAAGAAAGCACGAGUAUUAUUUAAUGCUACAUUAGGAUCUGUUUACAACAAAAAAUUGACAGGACUUCCCCGUUUUCCUKCUGAGGAAUGCUUUGUGGAAUAUGUGUUCUUAAGGACCAAAGUAGAGGAUAUAUAUCCAGAUAUUACAUUUAGAAUAUUCUACAAAAUGCACCAACCAUCAACUCCUCCAACUGCAGCACCACARCAGCUUCCACCAAUAGCAGAUUAUGCCAUGCUAGAAGAGCAGAAAAAGACUUUUACAAAUGCUAUUUUACCAUUCCAAAGAGAUUGUAUCAAGUGUGUACCAAAUUUGAUGCUUCAGCAAACCAGUCCAAAGACACUUGCUGUUGGUGGGSAAGAUUUCCCACUGGAAAUCACAGUAUCUAAUGAGGGUGAAUCAGCAUAUAGAAGUGAACUACAUAUUACUAUCCCAGAAGGAGUUUCUGUCGCAUCUGUAGACGAUGCAACUGAUGCAUCAAAGAAAGCAUUUCCCAUCAGCCAUAAAGUGACAUCAAAGACUGUUGAAGACGACAACACCACAAGGAUAUUCACAGUCCCAAUAGCCAAUCCUCUCAAAAACAAAGAAAAGAAACGAUUUUCUGUUAGAUUGAGUACAGGUGGUUUCAGUAAAUCUGAGGACUUUUUACCAAUAAAUCUAAAAGUAUCCAGUGCAAAUCCAGAACCUGAAAAGCACAUGGCUGAUAAUUUAAUCAAGCUGAAUGUAUCCAUUAUAUCAAAGGCUGACUUGAAAGUGACUGGAUUCAGAGGUGAUGGACAGGAGCAGGUGCUGUAUGGAGGACAAGUUGUUGGCGAGAGCGCCAUGGUAACUGAGGAUGACAUUGGUAAUCAAGUCACACACAUUUAUAAAGUUGAGAAYCKUGGCCCAGACCUUGUACCAGAGGCUGAAAUAGUGAUUCAAUGGCCUUAUGAAGCAAAGAGUGGCAAGCAUCUUCUGUAUCUCAUGGAUGUUUUGGUGACUGGAAAAGGGAAGUGUCAUUUUUUGCCUGGUCAGAUUAAUAUGCUUAAUUUAAAGAAAAAGCUAAACACUCUAGCCGUAUCAAGUCGUAAUAACACUAUUGUAGCAGCACAAGAUCUAGAGGGUGGCGUUUUGAGCAGAGAAAGAAGAGAAACAGAACAAUUAGAAGAGAAAGAAAAUAAAGAAAAACGUCAGACAUCUGAGCCUGUCAAGCAAGGCGGCAGGGCAAAUAUCAUACUGGACUGUCAAUCAAAAGAAAAAACAGCAAAAUGUACUCCAAUACGGUGUACAAUGAAGAAGCUAUCUAAAGGAGAUGUAGUUGAGUUCACCGUCAGGUCUAGAUUAUGGAAUGGGACUUUCUUGGAGGACUACUACGGAGACUAUGCCAAGGUCAUUUCAAGAGCUAGUGUCAAAUCUUUGGUGACUUUUGUUCAAGAACAARAWCCAGAUAACAACAAUGCUUUGGUAUCAACUCAAAUAAAUCCAGGUUUUACAUCAAAACGUAAAACAGAACUCGCRCCAUGGGUUAUUCCUGUUGCUGUUGUUAGUGCUAUUAUUGUCUUAGCUAUUAUUAUAGUUCUCUUGUGGAAAUGUGGAUUCUUUAGAAGAAAAAAGUUUGAUGGAAACAUCACUGAUGCAGAGAGAGAAGAAAUGAUGCAGGAAUCCAAAAAGGAAAAACAACCUUUUGAAACRUAACUUUGGACAACAUUYCCAUGRUAUAAACAUAUGAUURAAUGUCAAGAAAAUGAUAGGUAUUCUGAAGAAGAUUAUGAAAGAAAUAUGGCGCAGUUUUUAAGAAAUUGAAMGUUUGCAAGUGGACAGAAAUUAAUGGUACCUAAUAGCAAAAAUAAUAACAUUUAAAAGGACUUUACCCAUAUGAGAAAUAUUGUGGAAUAAGGAUGGUCUGUUCAGCUGAAUUAGUAUGUUCCAUCAAGGAUUGCAGGACUUUACAUCAAGACAUCUGGUUAUGUACUAGACAGUUGUUAUAACUGGACUGUUAACUGGACUUAAAUAGCCUUAAUACAGACAGUUGUUAGUUAACUGAACUAACAAUUUUCUGUCAUGUUUUGGAGAAAUGAAAAGUGUACUUUACAAUAACUUAAAGCUAUUUUUAUGGAGGAACGAAUUGCAAAAGUUUAUCACUUGGUAUAUGACGUAUUUGAGAUAGAGUAGAGGGGCUGAUUGUAUGAAGCAGGUUGGCCUCGUCGAAUGGGCUUUUUUGUUGUUGUKUUUUUUUCCUGGGCAACACAAAGCCAUWAAAAAUUCAUAAUCGCUAAGAUUCUAAAUUAUACUAAUUCCUUUGUUUCUAUUGUUUAAUCAACACUGUUUAGAAGUAAUUAGUACAAUUGUCUUCUUCACGGUUCCCUAUGCCAUCUUGAAAGGUAGCCAUGCCUUUGCAUCGAAGCGAGACAACGGUUAAGUGUGCAAUGAUAGAAACCUUCAUUCACACCUACAGACAAAUAUUCUCAGGUUUCUAUCAUUCCACGCUCAACUCUAGUCUCACCUCGAUGUAAAGGCACGCUACCUUUCAAGAUGGUGCAGGGAACCRUGAAGGAGACUAUUUGUUUCAUGGAUUCCCUUCACCUUCUCUACUGAUGUAUGAAGAAAGAAAUCUUUGAAAAACUAUUUUACCAAGAUUGGUUCAGUUCAAUAUAGUGACAGAUUACAAACACAUCAACUAGGAGUGAAAAGUAAUGCUAUUAAAAUAAUAAUAAUAAUGAUAAUAAUGAUAUUAUAAAAUAGUAUUAAAAAGACUUGUGGAAUUGUUUUUUUUUUCAUAAGUCAUUUUAAAUCAUGAAUUUAAAAUUUGUUGUAGCUAAAGAUGCCAUAAAUUAUAGAAUUGAAGUGUUUUUAUUUGCUUGUUCAAUUUUAGUGAAUUUUGCAUUGUUUCUUAGGCCUGUUUCAUAGGUUUUGAAUUCAGCACAUGCCAGAUUCCGAGUAUAGAUCAAUAAUAUAGCCAUCCUCUUUAUAGCCAUCUCAAAUUAAUGUUUGAGAGGCUUAUUGAGAAUGGAUGCAAAAAGGUGUAUUUUGCCUUAUUAAGUAUUUUUUUCAGCUUUCAUAUUAAUGAUAAAUUCGUAGGUGUAAUAAUUAAUUUAACAUUAUAUUGUUUUGUUGAUAUAAAAGAUUGAUAUUAUUGUAAAAAGUUAAUUGAAUGUAACUACAGAUGCUAAAUGAUAGAAAACAUUUUUUUGUUCUUGUGGGAAUAUUGUCCUCUGAAGCCCAAUGGAGCCCUUAAUAAUAUAAUAUUGGACCUUGAGGGAGAUCAGGACAUGCAGAAAUAUCUCUCAUUCCUUACUUAAAAGUCAUCAGUCUCCCAAAGAUGUGUAGGGAUUUAAGAUGGCUCUAUAAGUGUGGAUGCUUUUGAAAUAUUGUUGCCACACAGGCAACAUUCCAAAGCACUUACUUGAAAAAGUACCGUUGUUUUUUUGUGCUAGACAUAAUUUKUUKAAAACACCCACACAUUUUGAAAAUAUWCUAUUAUCCUGAGUGGUACAUAUUUAAUCCACGUUUUGGUUUUCUGUCAUUUAYCAUCUAAAUAUCAUUUCUCCACUCCCCUUGCAUCAAAUAGUUUAUUUUUCAUUAAUGCAUGUAUAUAUUUUUACAAUUUCUCCAUUAUAUGUUAUUUUUUUAUUUUAUUUUUAUAUACAGCUAAGCAUUGGAAGUCUGCUUUCUCAGAUGUUAUUCUAACUUAUUAGUGCUUAGAUAGCCAGUAAWUGUUGUUUCCAAAAGAGUGUAAAUUAGUGAAACGUUGAUGUACAUGUUUAGUGUUUUGAUUGAAACUUUUUAAAUGCAAAAACCGUUGUACACCUGUUUUAAUGCCUAAUUGUCCAUAUAGUCAUGUUCUACAAAUUCUUUAUUUCUUUCUCUUCUUUUCUUUUUAUUCUGUAUUCUAGUUUCUGAAUUGAGACAGGAAUCAUUCAGGUAAUUAAUAUAUAUGAACACUUAGGCCUUAGACUUGAAUGUUCUAAAUAUGUUCUGAUUUAGUUAUAAAAUUUGAUUAAAAAUGUACAAAACUUGAUUUUA